AUUAUCGCCGGAAUGCGUGUCAUAAAGAUGUACGCCUGGGAACAGCCCUUCGCACAGUUGGUCGCAAACACUCGGAAGUCUGAAGUGAAACAAAUCCUUAUAAUAUACGCCGGUUUUCUAACAUAUAUACUGAUGGGUGGGAUGUUGUCGGCGGAGACAGCGUUUGCCACAAUUGCCUACUUUAAUGUCAUGCGUUGGUCAAUGGCUAGGAAUGUGCCCCUCGCUAUUGCAGCGUUAAGCGAGCUUAUUGUGAUUAUCAAACGUAUCCAGAUAUGA